UACAGCGAUGUGAACUAAAAAAAAAUAAGUAAUAGGUGCUGCGAGAAUAUUUAAAAUCUUCUUCAGUAAUAUGAUGGUAUGCAGGCAAACCUUGUUGAAGCACUUUAUUCCACUCAGCACGGAAUGGUUCUCUUUGAAGCCUAGACAGAAAAUUAAUAAAAACACAACGCAUUAUUAUAUUUUUUUUUUGUAAUAUGUACAUAUUUAUUUCAUUUUGCACUUAAUCCACUAUGAUUAUUUUACAAACAUGUGUUUAGGAAACCUUUACAAAGUAACAUUUAUAUAACAUUUUCAUCCUUGGAGGUGCUCAGUUAAACCGAAGAUAACUUCUAUAUACCAAAAACAUUAUUGAUUUUAUGGUUUAUCAGUCUUACCAAAAAUGCAUUUACCGCAUUGUUCAUUAAUCAUCGCAUAGAAUUUAAAAUUUCUCAUUAUUCUUCGCAAUUGUUUAGAUAUAAUUUCUCUCUGCGCAAUUUUCAUCACUUUCCAGUGGGCAUGCAGUUGUCACAGUACUUCUAGUUAUAUCGAUAAUGGCGGCACCUACCACAGAUCGUGACCCCAUAACUGCCCUAGGCCCGAUUACUGACAGGCUACUACUUCGGUCCGAUCCUGACGAUGUUGAAAUGGAAGAGUUCACCACAAAUGUUGAUUCACGUUUGAAUUUGGGACGACGCUGGUCAUAAGUAACUGACGUUUUGACCUCCAUUUGCCGGCGAUUGGUUGUUGUUGUUGUGGCAGUAGUUGUUGCCCCCUUAUUGCCACGUCCAAUAACACGAUCCGUGCUACCUCCGCAGCAGGAAAUGAUCAAGCGCCAGAAUCCAGUACGGAAUUUCGAAGACAUAAGAUUGUACAGUAUAGGGUUUAAAGCCGAAUUUAAAUACAACAUUAUACGGCAGAAAUAUAAAAUACCAUAAUAACCAUCAAUGCCAAGACUUGCGAUGUCCUUCGUAGGUGCAGUGAUAACCCAUAAUGUGAAUGCACGAAAUGGCAAAAGGCAAAUAAAAAAACUGGCGACUACGGCAACCAACAUGAAUAUCACUUGUUUGCGAUGUUUUCGCAUACCGGUGCUAAGUUGUUGGGCUCCCACACCAUUGGAUGUCAUCGGGAGUGGUAGUUUAUUUAUCGAUUGAUGGCGUAGAAUAACCGAACUUAAACAGGUGGUGGGCGGCACGUGAGCAGCGGUGGUGGGGCGAUGAAAGUCAAUGUUGCGACGUAGAAGUUUGUAGGCGAUUGCAGCAUAGAGCACAACCAACACAAUGAAGGGCAGAACAAAGAAGAUUGUAAUGCAAGUGAUAAAGUAGAAAGCCGACCAAAAAGUUUCCGCUGAUGUGAAGCAUACAGCCACCUCAGUGUCAUCGUAAUAAAGUUCCAUACGAAAGGUAGCGAUUAGUACGAUAGGACUACCAGAAGUCGGAAAAAUAAGGAUAUAGGAAACGAUAAGUCACACCAAUGGGUUCCAUACCGAAGUUAUCAAUUUUGAAAGGCCAACAGCAGGAUAUAACGCCACGUCCACUGCAUCGCAUUUUCGAGGCCAACCUGUUACAUCACUCGCACAAAACUGCACUCAUAUCGCACAGCAAUGGCGGCACCACAAUCGCUUCCGAAGCCACACAAUGCACUUACAAACAGCUAAACCAGCGCGCCAACCAAUGUGCACGCCUAUUGGUGGCCGACGUAAAACGCAACAGCUUACAACCUAACACAGAUGGCGAUUACAUUGUGGCAGUAUGCAUGGAACCAUCGGAUGUGCUCGUCAAUACGCUGCUGUCCAUUUGGAAAGCAGGAGCCGCAUAUCUACCAAUUGAUCCCAGUUUUCCGAUCACCCGCAUACAACACAUCCUGCAAGAAGCGCACCCCAUUAUGGUGCUAUGCGACGACAAUAUCGACCGUCAACGCUUCAGCGGCACACAUAUCAUUUCAAGUUCGGAACUUUUUCACCGCUCGGCCGAGUUGAGCAACGCGAAUUUGCUGGGCAGCGAAAUGCUCGCCGAUGGUAGUAACCACUUGGCAAUUGUGCUCUACACAUCGGGCAGUACUGGUGUGCCGAAAGGUGUACGCCUGCCGCACGCUGUCAUCUUGAAUCGGCUGCAAUGGCAAUGGCACAAAUUUCCAUACGCGUCGACUGAAAGUGUGAGCGUCUUCAAGACAGCGCUCACAUUCGUUGACUCAAUAUCCGAAUUGUGGGGCCCGCUAAUGUGUGGCCUUUCCAUUUUAGUGGUGCCAAAGAUGAUAACUAAAGAUCCGGAACGUUUGGUGGAUUUGUUGGAAAAAUAUAAAAUUCGUAGAUUAGUUUUGGUGCCGACACUCUUGCGCUCGAUUCUGAUGUAUUUGAAGCUGAACGAUGGAAAUGGGACAAAAUACCAACUGAUACAACGCGACCGACUCUUGUACAAUUUGAAGUUGUGGGUUUGUUCCGGUGAACCAUUGCCGGUUGCACUGGCUACAAGUUUCUUUGACUACUUUGUUGAGGGCGUGCAUACGCUAUUCAACUUCUAUGGCUCCACUGAAGUGAUGGGUGAUGUCACCUACUUUGCCUGCGAAAGCAAAAAGCAGUUGAGCUUCUAUGAGCACGUACCGAUUGGCAUUCCGCUCUCGAACACUGUAAUCUAUCUACUUGAUAGUGACUUCCGCCCAAUUAAAUAUGGAGAAAUCGGCGAAAUAUUCGUUUCAGGUCUGAACCUUGCCGAGGGUUAUGUAAAUGGCAGAGACCCCGAAAAGUUUGUGGAAAAUCCGUUGGCUGUGGAAUUAAAAUAUUCGCGUCUCUAUCGUACUGGAGAUUAUGGCACGAUUCGUGACGGUAAUGUUAUGUACGAAGGCCGCACCGAUUCGCAGAUAAAAAUACGUGGUCACCGCGUAGAUCUGGCCGAAGUUGAAAAGAAUGUCUCAGAAUUGCCAUUCGUUGAUAAAGCGAUUGUACUUUGUUACCAUGCUGGCAAAAUUGAUCAAACGAUUCUGGCUUUUGUUAAGUUACGCGACGACUCACCGCUACUAAACGAAAUGCAAAUCGAAGCUAAAUUGAGGGACAAAUUGGCCGAGUAUAUGGCGCCACAGGUUGUUCUUAUUGAGCAAGUACCUUUCCUUGUUAAUGGCAAAGUAGAUCGGCAAGCGCUACUCAAAACCUACGAAACAGCCAAUAAUAACGAAGGUGAUUCCAGUAUAGUACUGGAUUUUGAUUACUCGCUCGUACCCGCCGAGGUAAAACACAUUGCUCGGGAUCUGUUCGAGACUGUUGGUGGCGUAAUCGGUCGUUCGACACGCACAACUUUAACGCCGCAGAGCAAUUUUUACGAGCUGGGUGGAAACUCGUUGAAUUCCAUUUAUACAGUGACUUUAUUGAGGGAAAAGGGUUACAAUAUUGGCAUAUCUGAGUUUAUUGCGGCAAAAGAUUUGGGAGAAAUUUUAGAAAAAAUUAUAAAUAACCGCAGCUCUUCGCCAAUGGUUGAAGAUUGGACAAAUGCUGCACCACAUCUGGAUAUGAUCGCCGAGCCACUCAGUGAUGCACAUAGGCAAGACGUGGUUGAAAUCAUAGUUGAUAGUUUCUAUGGCAAGGCAGAUCUGGAACAAUGGCUGAAACCGGAUAUAUUCCCCAAUGACUACAGUGAUCUUAUAAAUGACAUCUGGAUUGCCUUGGUGGAGAAGAACCUCAGUUUAGUUGUGCGCGAUAAACGUACAAAUCGUAUUAUUGGUACGGCUCUAAAUUUUGAUGCACGCGCCGAACCCGAAGUUGAGGUUAAGUCCAAACUAAUUAUAGUAUUCGAGUUUUUGGAGUUUAUCGAAGGUCCCAUACGGGACAACCAACUCCCUAAAGGACUCAACAAGAUACUUCACUCAUUUAUGAUGGGCACCAGCUCCGACAUGAGUCCGCAAGAAAAUAUUGCCUGUAUGCAUUUUAUGGAAAACGAAGUGCUGCACGUUGCAAGAGAGAAACAAUUUGCCGGAAUUUUAACGACCAAUACGAGUCCCUUAACGCAGCAAUUGGGCAAUGACGUCUAUCACUACAAGACAUUACUGGACUAUCAGGUCAAUCAAUACGUAUACAUCGAUGGCACCCGCCCGUUCGGUAAAGCGCCAGAUUCGCAACGCGCAAUUGUCCAUUGGCGUGAAGUCACCGAUUGAAGUGUGUCACACCACGCUAGGUGGUGCAAAAAACGAUAUUUAUUUCCAAAAAAAAUUCUUUAUUCCAAUAUUCUUAGGCGUACAUAUGUAUAUGUACAUAUAUGUUAACAUUUUAUUAGUUAUUUAGUAUAUAAUUUUCACUAUUUCAUAAUUCAUUUUCGCCUAUCAAAUAACCGUCUAGCCAAGUCCUUCUUCGCCUGGUGUUCUCAACGCACGGAAGUGUUUUACUUUAUCCCUGUACGCUCAAGUGAGUGCCUCAAGUAUGAGAUAAAUUAUUUCAUAAUUGUUUUAAUUGUUAACAUUUUUGAGUUUAAGUAUGGAAUUCCU